AUGUCGCAGGAUUCUGUAAUUCCCUUGGAGUCAAAUCCCGAAAUCUUCACUCAGUUCGGUCGCAAGCUCGGUCUUUCGCCGCUACUUUCGUUUUUCGAUGUGUACUCCCUCACAGAUCCCGAUCUGGUGUCUUUUCUUCCGAGACCCGUCUAUUCGUUGAUUCUCCUGUUUCCAGUGACAGAACAGUAUGAAAGUCUCAAAGAGACCGAGGAAAAAGGCAGAGACCAAGAGAAAGACGAUAAGUUCGAGCACAUCAUCUGGUUCAAACAGCUGCUCAGAAACGGCUGCGGUUUGUACGGGUUGCUCCAUGCCCUGUGCAAUUUGCCCGAGGGACUUUUGGUGAAAGACUCGCCGAUCGAGUCAUUUGUGGACAACGUGAGACAGCUGCCGAAUGUGAACAACUCAAAUAACCACGACGAGAAGAGCAAGCUUGUCAAAGAGCUCUCGCUCUCACUUUACGAGCAAUUUAGCAAACAGGGCCAGACAGAAGCUCCAAGCUCAGAGGAGGAAAGUCGGAUGCCAUCAGCUCGCAGCUAG